AUGCCCAAGAGCACCGCACCAAUUGCUCCACCGCCUGGCCUCGUGGCCACGAACACCACUGCAAUCUGGGUUGCCGUAGCCACCAUAGGCCUUACGUCGCCAAAAGGCUCCGUAGCAAAAAUUACUGCUCAAGCUCAAGGUCUCGAGGCUGUCGUAACCUCACAGCCUCACGGCCGACUUUGA